AUGACUCAGGUGCCUGCUGACCACCUGUCAACCACCAGCUCCUACAACUAUGAGCCGCCCCUCCCCUCCGUGGCUCGGGCCAGCACCUUCACCAAGGUCCCUCCAGCCAAAAAAAUAACCUUCUUCAAGAGUGGAGACCCCCAGUUUGCAGGAGUCAAGAUGGCCAUCAACCAGCGGAGCUUCAAGAGCUUCAACGCGCUCAUGGACGACCUCUCCCACCGGGUCCCGCUGCCUUUUGGGGUUAGAACCAUCACCACCCCACGAGGAAUACACUGCAUCAGCGAGCUGGACCAGCUGGAGGAUGGAGGCUGCUACCUGUGCUCCGACAAGAAGUUUGUGAAACCCAUCAGCAUCGCCUCUGCCGGGCACCGGCCGGCCCCGCCGCGCAGCAGCCGCCCCUCCAGCACCGUGAGGAGAGCGGCUCAGGAGGGCAAGCUGGAAGAUUAUCCCACGCCUUUCACUCACCAAGGCCCCAGAAUUCCCAAGAAAAUCACUCUGGUUAAGAAUGGGGAGAGCGGAUUUCGGCGCUCCAUCAUCCUGAACCGCAGAAACGCGCGGAGUUUCAAAACGCUCCUGGAUGAGAUCACGGAGAUCCUGCAGUUCCCGGUGAAGAAGCUCUACACUGUUGAUGGGAAGAAGAUCGACAGCAUGCAGGCGCUGCUCCACUGCCCCAAUGUGCUGGUGUGUGUGGGCAGGGAGCCCUUCAAGCCCAUAUCCACAGAGAAUCUGAGGAAACACUCUCUGGAGAAGCUGCCCAACCUGCCUCCCCGCUCCAACAAUGGCAACAACGUCAACGAGAACAAUGAGAGUAAGAAAAACCUCGCGGCCGCGUGGUGCGUGAACUUUGGACUGAAAGCCAAAAAAAGCGUUAUCCAUCCACGGUCAGCAUCCAGCAACAGGUCGAUGAGGUUUUCCUUGUCAUCAGAAAAGUCAUACCCCAAUGGCCUCGCAGCCUCUCCAGACAACGGGGCACCCUUCUCCAACAGCUGCUCUCACCCAAAAGCUGGGGACCUGGUCCAGUCCUUGGUCAACGAUGACAUCGAGAAGCGGGUCCAUGUGAACAAGGAUGGGAGCUUGUCCGUGGAGAUGAAGGUUCGCUUCCGUUUGCUCAACGAUGAGACUUUGCAGUGGUCCACCCAGAUCAAAAAGUCCAACCUGAUGAACCAGCUGCCUUGUGAAGAGUCAGGAGUGGAGGACAGUGAGGUAGAUCCCCUACAGAAAAUGAACCCAGAAGCCAGCUCUGAGGCAGAUGAUUCCUUGUAUCCCUGUGAUAUUGAUUCCUACAUGUCCAAACUUGAGGAAUCAGAAUGUGACGAGGCCCACUGUCACAGCUGUGGAAAGAAACACCAGGACUAUGACAUUUGGAAGAACCCCAUGCACAUGUCCCAGAGGGAAGAGCCCAGCGUGCGAAGCACCUGGCACACGCGGUCGUCGUGUUCCAGCACAUCUUCCCGGAGGAGAGUAGUCCACAAAAAAAUGACAUCUGUGGAUAGCAUCCACACCACAUCCAGUGAGGAAUUCUCUGAGCACAUUGUGCGAGAGUCCUCAUCCUACUCAGAGACUAUAAAGAACAGGGUGGCGUAUCGAUCCGUUAAAAAGUGUAUGUGCCGAAGUGAUUUAUCUACCGGUGCUUCCAAUGGAGAAGAGCAGCAGGAACACACUCGGACAAGCACAGGAAACAGCCAGAGGCCUUCAUCCUUGGGCUUGAUGUCACAUUCAAGCUGUGAAAACAACCUGGAUACUCAAGACAGCCCUGAAGACCAGGAGAUCACCAAAAUAAUUUCACAAAAUGAGGAUGCAAAUUGUUUCGAAGCUUCCUCUGUGAAGUGCUUGAAGGAUGACCCAGAAGAGGUUGAAAGCAGCAGAGUUGGGAGUGUCAUGUCCAGGUCAUCCCUGCAGUCCAGGCAGAGCAGGAAGAACGUGUGUGAGGAAACCAGCAGUGUGGGCAGGAGCAUGUCCUCCUCAAGCCUUCAGAAGGCAAAUCAGGGAGACAACAGCCAGUGCUCCACCCCUGCCAACAGCGUGCACAGCAAGUCCAGUAACUGCACCACACCAAAAGAAAAGACUGAGCAGGGUGACCUCUCUGAUGACAACCCAGUGGUGUCCUCUUUCUCCAGUGAGUCCUGCCCCAAGAAAGAGGCUGAAGAGGUGGAAGCAGAGCAGGAAGAAAGUGAAGUCAAUGAAGUCAGCUCAGUGCGGACAAACUCAAACAAUCUUCGUGUGAAGGUGUCAAACUCCAGCCGGGCAUCAGUGUCGGAGUCUAUGUCAGUGUGCAGUCUGCAGUGCCCUGCCCCACCAAAAGGGAAGCCAAAGAGAAAAAAUAUCCGUUCGACCAUGUUGAAGAAUUCCUCCAUCAGCAGCUUCGGCACCGAGUCUGUGCUGACCGCAGGAAAAGAGCAGAAAGAAAUUGUGGAUUCCUCCAAAGCGACUUCCUAUGGCUCUAAAUCUGCUGCAACCAAAGAAAGUGGUCAGAAUAAUAAAGAGACUGAUGAGUCUUGCAAUAAAAAAACAGAGGAAGGGGUAGAAGACACAGGCAUUCAGGAGGAAGGAGGUGAUUUAAUGCCAUCAGCUCUACCAAAUACAUCUCCAGAAGAAGUUGUGCAGGAAUGGCUGAGGAAAAUCCCUUCGGAAACAUUGCUUAUGAAAUAUGAAAUGGAGGAUGAUGGAGAAGAGGAACAUGCAGAGUCGACCACUGAGGUAUCACUUUGUACAAAUGUCGAGGAAGCCCCAGAGGAGGAAAAAGCUGAGGAAAAGAAUGAGGAGGAGGAGGAAGCUGGAAAGGAUGAAGCAAAGGAUGAAGUGGAAGAAGAGAAAGCAGAAGAAACGCCUAUUAUUGAAGAGGCUGAAGAAUGCGUGAACCAGGAAGAAAUCUCUGAGGUUGCACCUGAAGCUGCUGAAGCUGAGCAGGCAGAAUGCAACCAGUCGGUUACAUCCAGCCAAAAUAACAAGAGAGACCUGCCAACCUCUGUCCAGACGUCUGUCCAGAUCAUGAAGGCCUUGCUCAGUUCAAAGCACGAGACCAAAUUUGACCGCUCAAACAGUUUGCCUGAAGUGUCCCCCACAAUGGGGAGAAAACUGAGUAACUCUGCCAACAUUUUGAUUACUUGUCUUGCCAGCCUCCAAUUCCUUGAUGAAGAGUCAGAGGAUCCAUCAGAAAAGCCAAAGCAUUUGAAUAAGUCAAGGUACACGGAGCUGCUAAAUAUUUUUCAAGCCCUGUGGUUUGGGUGCACUGCUGAAGGGAGCGGCCCAAGUGCAGGCCAAGAGGCGAGUGAGCUGGCAAAGCCAGUGUCUGAGUCUAAAGUCCCAAAAUCCAUGGAUCACGCCUUCACUCCCAUGUCCUCUUCUGGGGUUGAUGUUUGCAGCGGCUCUAGUGGCUCAGGAGAAGAGUGCGCAGCUGGUGCCACGUUGGUGGCACAGAAAACCACGGAAUGCAAAUCAGCCGAGCAAGUGGACAACACAGAGACUGGCACAGAAGUGACGGAGGUUGAGGAGCAAAGUAAAGAGGAAGAGCAGCCAUCCCGCCCUUCCACAGCCUGCUCAGAGGCAAAAGGUGAGGAAAAAGCAGAGUCCGCUAGAGAGGAGUCUGUAAUCCAGGAGGAAGAAGAGAAUAAGGAGGCUCAGGGCAGUAACUGUGAGCGUGGUCAGGAGGAAGGGGGAGAAAAUGAAAAUGAAGAAGAAAAUAAAUUAGCUGAAACGGGAGAACAGAAAGAAGCUGAAGCUGUGAAUGACGAAGUCGCACAAGAAAACCCUGAAGAGGAAGCUGAUCAUCCAGAGACCACUGGUGAUGCCCAUGUCGGUGAUGCUGCUGUCGGGACAGAGCUGAAAGAGGAGUUGCAAGAGCAGCCCCAAGAAGAGUCUCCAGAUGACCCUGAGCCCAAAGUCGAUGCAUCCACCAGGGUGGGCACAUCCCUUGUCCAGCAACACUCUGUGGAUCCAGACCCAACCUGGGUCCUGAGACUACUCAAGAAAAUAGAGAAGGAGUUCAUGGCGCACUAUGUGAAUGCCAUGAACGAGUUUAAAGUCAGGUGGAACCUGCAGGACAACCAGCAGAUGGAUGCAAUGAUACUGGAGCUGAAGGAGGAAGUGAGUAAAAGGAUACAGAAGAGCAUAGAGAAGGAGUUGAGGAAGAUCAAAAGCAGGGCUGGAAGGAGGAUGCCGAGACCUCCAGAGGAGCCACCCACACGCGAGUCCAAACUCCAAACUGAGCAGAGGAGAUGGCGCCUGCAAACUAUGCAUAAAAAGUCCCUCUUUGGGGACAAGAAUGGUGCCCAGAUGAAGCUGGAGGAGACGACAGACUUAUCAUUCGAUGUAGAUGACUUUAACCUCAGUGCAGCUUUGGAGGACAGCAUUAGCAAAUCCAGUGAGGAGGAAUAUUGUCCAUGUGACACCUGUGUGAGGAAAAAACUGGCCUCCAGGCCUGCCAGAGCCCCUGUGGUGGCCACCAAUGCCCCAGUCAUGAAAGACUUUGAUUUGCAGAAAAUCCUGAGGCUGAAAAAAGAUGACAAUGAGGAAGCCAUCGUUGCAGAAGCAGCCCAGGACACCAAAAUGCUUCCGAAUGGUUCUGUGGAGGAAGGGGCAGAAAAUGAGGAGAAGGAUGAGGGGCAACCUCAGACCGGUGAAACAGAAGCGGAGGAUGAUGAAGGAAAAGAGCCAGAAUUAAAUGAAGACGAUGGCACAACGUUGACGGGAGAUGGAGAAGAACCUGAAGAAGCAGAGAAACAAAACACUGAGAUGGAGGAUGAGGCCAAAACUGAAGAAGCAGAAGAAGAAGGAGAAGAAACAAAAGGAGAAGAAGAGGAAGCAAAGGAGGAGGAGGAAGAGAAAGAGGAAGAAGAAAUGGCUAAGGAGGAAGGGAAGGAAGAAGAGGAAGAAGCAAAGGACGAAGAAGAAGGGAAAGAGGAAGAGGAAGAGAAGGAAGAAGCAAAAGAGGAGGAGGAAGAAGAAGUGAAGGAGGAGGAGGAAGAAGCAAAAGAGGAGGAGGAAGAAGAAGUGAAGGAGGAGGAGGAAGAAGCAAAAGAGGAGGAGGAGGAAGCAAAGGAGGAGGAAGAAGCCAAAGAGGAGGAGGAGGAGGAAGCACAAGAGGAAGAGGAAGAAGCUAAAGAGGAAGAGGAGGAAGCAAAGGAGGAAGAGGAAGAAGCCAAAGACGAGGAGGAAGGGAAGGAGGAAGAAACAAAAGAGGAGGAAGAAGUAAAGGAGGGAGAGGAAGAAGCUGAAGAGGAGGAGGAAGAGGCAAAAGAGGAGGAGGAGGAGGAGGAAGGGAAGGAAGAAGAGAAAGAGGAAGAGGAAGUAGCCAAAGAGGAGGAGGGGGAAGUUAAAGAAGAAGAAGAAGAAGCUAAAGAGGAGGAAGAGGAAGGAAAGGAGGAGGAGGAGGAAGAAGCCAAAGACGAGGAGGAAGUAGAAGGGAAGGAGGAAGAUGAAGAAGCUGAAAAGGAGGAGGAAGCACAAGAGAAGGAGGAAGAGGAAGAAGCAGAAGAGGGGGAGGAAGAGGAUGAAGCCAAAGAAGAGGAGGAAGAAGAAGAGAAGGAGGAAGAGGAGGAAGAAGCCAAAGAGGAGGAGGAAGGGAAGGAGGAAGAGGAAGAAACAAAAGAAGAGGAAGAUGUGAAAGGGGAAGAAGCAGAAGAGGACGAAGAAGGAGAUGCUGAGGGCUCUGGAACUGAGAAUAAUCCUGAAGGAGAUGCUGAGGAAGGAAAUGAAGAAGCCGAGCAAGAUGAAGCUGAGGCAGAAAAAGAUGCAAAACCAGAGUCAGGAGAUGAGGCUGAGGAGAAAAACAGUGAAGGAGGUGAGAAACCUGGUGAGAAUGGUGAGGAGCCCACCGGUGAUGACCCUGACAAGGCACAUGAAAAACACCAAGACCAAGGCAACAACAAAGUUUCUGAGAAAGUCUCAAAGACCAAAAGCAAGAAAAUCAGCAAAAGGUUAGAGUCUCUGAAAAAAUCCACAGCCUUUUCUUGUUACUCUUCUGUCGGAAACUUCUCACAGCAAUCCCAGAAGGGGUCUGAUGAUGAAGAGGAAAGAGCAGAUGAAGAUGAAGGAGUAGUCGAAGAGGAAAUAGCAGAUGAAGAGGAAGGAGGAGUCAAAGAGGAAGGAAUAGUUGAAGAAGAAGCAGCAGUUGAAGAGGAAGCAGUAACUGAAGAGGAAGGAGCCCCUUCUCAGAGGCAUUUAGAAGGAAUCAAGAGCAUCAAACACCAGGCAAGGAGAGGAAGCAGUAGCUGA